AUGACAGCCUUUCUGGCCUUUGCACUGGAGUUUCUGGAUCCCGAGUCUGAAGAUGAGACAGAAAACAGCGUAGCGGCAGCAGCUGCCGAGCUCAUAACGCGUCGUGAGCGUACAAGAGUUCCGCUCUACUAUGAGAAUGUCGUUCCGCGAUACAUGAUUUUUGAGUACAAGCGCAUGUUUCGCUUGUCACCAAACCUUGUGAAGCGAGUGGCCUUUAUGUAUCAAGAAUCGGAAUUUCACCCGCAGCCACACGGAGGCCGGCCAUGCAUACCCGCCGAAAAGGCAAUCUUGAUCACGCUGUCAUACCUGGCUUUCGACGACCCCAUCGCGAAAAUUGCCGACAAGUUCGACGUCACUGAAUCGACCGGUCACAAGACCGUAACACGCGUGUUAAAAUUUCUGCAGCGCAUUAGCAGCGAUGUUAUUGCAUGGCCAAGUGGGGAGAGGCGAUCGUCCAUAGAAAAAGGCUUUCUUACGAAGGUGAAAGGUGCCGGCAUACCAGACGUAAUAGGGUGCGUGGACGGUUCCCACAUCGAAAUAAACAGGCCGCGUGAGUCACGAGACUCGUAUUUUAAUCGUAAGAAAUAUCAUUCAAUCGUCCUACAAGGGAUCUGUGACCACCAAAUGAAAUUUCUGGACGUGUUCGUUGGAUUUCCUGGGUCCGCCCAUGACGCUCGCAUCCUAAGAAGCAGCUUUUUUUUUUUUCGGACGCCGAAAAGAAGUGUGCAGUUUUUAGGUGGCUAUAUACUAGGUGAUUCCGCCUACCCUCUUCUGCCGUGGCUGUUGACCCCGUACAGAGACAUUGGACAGGGUUUAUCUGCAUGGAAGAGGAAGUACAACCUCGUACACUCGCAGCAGCGCGUUACGAUAGAACACGCAUUUGGGGUGCUCAAGCAGCGGUUCCAACGUCUCUACUAUGUGGACACAGACAGCAUCCAUCAAGCGUGUCUCAUAGUGCUUGGGCCAUGUGUGCUGCACAAUAUGUGCGCAGAGCAAGACGACAUAGAUGACAUCCAUGAGCUGCCCGAUGUUGAGUGGGUGACCACAGAAGAAGAAGAGCAGAUUGAUGAAUCUGGCAAUCGACAUGUGGAAGAAACACGUAGGGACAUUGCACUGGGCCUGUAGCAGUCCUCGAAGUAAAUGUUGCUGUCACUUUUAGGGUACAGGUCGCGUCGGCAUGCUUCGUGCCGGGCCAUUUCAUUACAUACAUGAUAAAAAAAAAUAAACAGAAAAGCAACCAGAA